AACAAAGAGCUCAAAGAGCGUUUGCAGAGGACACGAUUCACUCAGUCUGACUGCUGAAUGCAUAGAGGAAGCUCAUCUGCAGACCAACUGAUCCAACUGUCAGCAGCCCACCGAUCCCUCCACAAUGGAUGAGUUUGACGGCUCGACUCCCAGCGAAACUGUGAAACGAGUGUCUGACUCUCUGGGCUGCAGUCCAACCUCUGCAGAAGUGGCUGCUUACUUCGAUAAACAUGACAAACUGCGACACUUCAGGGAGGAAUUUCUGGUGCCGAAAAUUACAGAGCUGCCGCCUUCUGAUCUCUCACUGGUCAAUGGUGCCAAGGACUGCAUCUACUUUUCGGGCAACUCGUUGGGGCUGCAGCCUAAAAAUGUCAAGAAGUACCUGGAAGAGGAACUGGACACGUGGGCCAAGAUUGCUAUCCAUGGACACACAAUGGGUGCGAGACCUUGGGCAUGGGCUGAAAACAACAUUGAGGAACUGAUGGCCAAAGUUGUAGGAGCUAAAACUGAGGAAGUGGCACUGAUGAAUGGUCUGACAGUAAAUUUACAUCUUCUGCUGCUUUCCUUCUACAAACCCACUAAAACUCGACACAAAAUCCUUCUAGAGGACAAGGCCUUUCCAUCUGAUCACUACGCUGUGGAGUCGCAGAUCCGUCUGCGAGGACUCGAUCCUAAGGACAGCAUGCUGUUGCUGUCACCCAAGCCGGGAGAAGAGACCCUGAAAACCGAGGACAUCCUGGAGGUGAUCGAGAAGCAGGGCGACUCUAUCGCAGUGGUAAUGUUUAGCGGGGUUCAGUAUUACACCGGCCAGCUGUUCGACAUGGCCUGCAUCACUGAGGCUGGCCAGAGGAAGGGCUGUUAUGUCGGCUUCGACUGCGCCCACGCGGCAGGAAACGUCGAGUUGGAACUGCACGACUGGGGUGUCGACUUCGCCUGCUGGUGCUCCUACAAGUAUAUAAACUCAGGUGCUGGUGGUCUCGCUGGGGCGUUUAUCCAUGAGAAACACAAACAUACCAUCAAACCAACGCUGAUGGGAUGGUGGGGACAUGACCUGAAGUCUCGGUUUCAGAUGACUAACGUGAUGGAGCUGCAGCCUGGAGUGAGCGGCUUCAGGCUGUCGAACCAACCAAUCCUGCUGGUCUGUCCACUGCAGGCCAGUCUGGAGGUGUUUAACAUGACCACCAUGCAGGCUCUGCGCAAGAAGUCCCUCCUACUGACAGGCUACCUGGAGUAUCUGAUUAAGCACUACUACACUAAGGACCCGGCUCAGCCUCACAAACCUCACGUCCACAUCAUCACACCGUCGGACCCUCAGCAGAGAGGCUGCCAGCUUUCGCUCUCCUUCUCUGUUCCCAUCAAAAGAGUCUUCGAGGAGCUGGAGAAGAGGGGCGUCGCUUGUGACAUGAGGGAGCCCACCGUGCUGCGAGUUGCUCCGGUGCCAAUGUACAACUCCUUCAGUGAUGUCCAUCGCUUCAUCAGAGCGCUGGGAGAGGCUCUGGCCGCCAGCAAGCAAGAUUGGGAGAGGAACUGACUGCUACAAACUCCUGUGUUUUUUCAUGGUUAUUAGGAAGGUUGUAAAGCAUCAUGCUUUCUUUAAACGCCUCAGGUCUCUCAUUUUGUGCCUUUUGGAACCAUUUGAGCCUCAUUAUCUUCACUGUAUUUUUAAACUUUUUUUUAUCUGUUGCAGAGAUAUUUGUCAUAAAUUCUCAGAAGUAAAAUAUUUUUGGUGACAGUUUAAAAUAAAGCUGAGAACAGCCUUCAGAUUGAGAGAGAACCCUGA